AUGUACCAGCUGGGUAUUGACAAUGACAGCCCCAUGUACCAGCUGGGUAUUGACAAUGACAGCCCCAUGUACCAGCUGGGUAUUGACAAUGACAGCUCCAUGUACCACCUGGCUAUUGACAAUGACAGACCCAUGUACCAGCUGGGUAUUGACAAUGACAGACCCAUGUACCAGCAGGGUAUUGACAAUGACAGACCCAUGUACCAGCUGGGUAUUGACAAUGAGAGCCCCAUGUACCAGCUGGGUAUUGACAAUGACAGCCCCAUGUACCACCUGGCUAUUGACAAUGACAGACCCAUGUACCAGCAAGGUAUUGACAAUGACAGACCCAUGUACCAGCUGGGUAUUGACAAUGACAGCCCCAUGUACCAGCUGGGUAUUGACAAUGACAGCCCCAUGUACCAGCUGGGUAUUGACAAUGACAGUCCCCAUGUACCAGCUGGGUAUUGA